AUGAAAAGCAUUUUUCAUAAUGGGGACGGUUGGUAACUUUCUGAAUGUAUUCAACAUUGAAGUCAACAGAUUAUCUGUAACCCUCAGCCUCAGUUUUGUUUUCCUGGGUCUCCUUUACUGGUAUUCAGUCUAUCCGUUCUCAGUCCUUUCUCGAUGUGGAAUCAAACAUCCAAAGCCGGUGCCGUUCUUUGGGAACAUGCUCCUGUUUCGCCAUGGGUUUUUAAAACCUCUCACAGAUAUUGUAAAGACACAUGGCAAAAUAAGUGGGUAUUAUUUGGGUCGGAGACCAAUGGUGCUGAUAGCAGACCCUGAUUUUCUCAGGCAAGUAAUGGUCAAAGAAUUCAGUGGCUUUACUAACAGACUGUCACAAAUUACCACAAAGCCCAUGGCAGACAGUCUGAUCAUGUUGAGAGAUGAACAGUGGAAGAGGGUUCGAAGCAUCAUCACUCCAUCCUUCAGUGCUGCCAAGCUGAAAGAAAUGGUUCCACUCAUAAACAAAGCUGCUGAUGCAUUGAUGAAAAACUUGGAUGUCCAUGCCGAGUCAGGGAAGGCCUUUGACAUCUAUAAGUGUUGUGGUUGCUUUACCAUGGAUGUUAUUGUCAGUGUGGCUUUUGGCACUAACGUGGACUCCCAGAACAACCCAGAUGAUCCAUUUGUCCACCACGCUCAGAAGUUCUUUGCUAUGACUUAUUUAAAGCCCCUUGUGUUGUUUUCUGUACUUUUUCCUUCUAUUAUGGCUCCCUUUACAAGAUUAGUCCCAAACAAACGCAGAGAACAGAUAGACAGUUUCUUCAUUAACAGCAUUAAGAAGAUCAUAAAGCAGAGAGAGGAACAGCCUUCUGAUCAGAGACGUAGUGACCUCCUUCAACUGAUCUUAGAAGCUCGGACUGGACAAGAGAGUGUCUCUUUGGAACACUUUGACACAACAAACAAGUCUGAUGAGACUGAUUACCGGAGCCAGCAGACGCAACCAAAAACUAUACAGCAAAAACAAGGUCCCCAACAGGAUUCACCUAUUGGACAUCCACAAAAAAAGACAAUAACUGAUGAUGAGAUUGUGGCUCAGGCUUUUGUUGUCCUCCUGGGUGGGUAUGAAACCAGUUGCAACACAUUAUCCUUCACCUGUUACCUGUUGGCCAUUCACCCCGACUGUCAACGCAAACUACAGGAGGAGGUGGAUGAGUUCUUCACAAGACAUGAUUCACCAAAUUAUACAAAUGUUCAGGAGCUGAAGUACUUGGACAUGGUUGUAUGUGAAACAUUGAGGCUCUACCCUCCUGGUUACAGGUAUUCUCGAGAGGUUGACCAUGACUGUGUGAUAAAAGGCCAAUUCCUUCCUAAAGGGGUGACACUGGACAUUUUUCCAGGCUUCCUCCACCAUGAUCCAGAGUACUGGCCUGAGCCAGAGAAGUUCAUCCCUGAGAGGUUUACACCAGAGGCAAAGGCUAAUCGUCAUCCAUUUGUAUACCUGCCCUUCGGAGCUGGACCCCGUAGCUGUGUGGGAAUGAGACUUGCCCAGCUGGAAAUUAGAAUGGUUUUUGCACAUUUGUUCCACAGAUUCAGCAUUGUGGCCUGCUCAGAGACCAAGACUCCUCUUCCCUUGAAAUCAUUUGGCACUCUAGGACCCAAAAGUGACAUAUUGGUGAAAAUCACAAGAAGAGACAAAGGAGACGUCCCAUCAGAUGAUUAAAUACGCACCUUUUGAAAAUGCCUUCUUAUAAGUUGUAGUUCAAUAUCACUUUGUGCAUUCAACACUGCAUAUCUCUGCUGUUUUGCUCAUUCCACAAUUCCUGAAGAGGCCCAAGUAAAUCACUGUGGUGCUUAUAAGUGGAAUAUAAUGAACACCAAGGAGGUGUGAAUAGGACCUUUUUACGUCUUAUCAGGCUAGGGGAUAGAUCUAUACUAAGUACUUAUUUGUGUUGGAAGACAAAAAUUUAAGUAAGAUGUCUAUUUUACUAAUCUUAACAGCAAAAACAACAAUGAAAUCUGAGUAGGAGUUUGAAUUAGUGCUUCUAAUUUUCACAUUCUAGCAAAGUUUUUUCAAAGAAACAUGUCAAAGAAAAGUGCAAUCUAACCAUGUCUGUUUACAUUUCUGUUGUAGACAAUAUACAGGAUCAUUCUUUAUGAAAGUUUAAAAACAGCGGCAUCCCUCUUGCACAACCUUAAAGCAAAACAACCAUUAAAAAAAAAA